CAAAAUUAACGUUUCUCUAUCAUCUCGCCGAUUCUCUCUUUUCGCCAUUCACCUUCCUAUUAUUCUAAAACCCUCUCACCCUCUCUCUCUCUGUUACACAUAAACCCAAAACUAUCAUCAGAGAUACGUAGCCUGUUUUCCCAUUUUCAAUGCCAUUGCAAGUUCGUUUCCUAUAAAUAGACAAGUCAAGUCCAUUGAUAGCCAUAACCCAUCACAAUUCACAAAACAUUUUACGUCUAGCUGAUGCAGCAGAAAGGUAGAAACAAUAACCGUAGAUCCAGGAGCUUCUCUAGAUCUCGCCUUGCUAUUGAGGGUUUUUAACAUUUUUCUCCCACCCUAAUACCCAAUCCACAUCACCUACAUUGCCUUCAACGAUCCAAAUCAUCAGAUCGGAUUCGGAUAUCAUCACACAACAAUGGCUGCUACUUCAGGACAAGAGCGUGAGGUUCAAAAGAGUUAUUGGAUGGAGCACACUGCCGAACUUACUGUGGAGGCGAUGAUGCUCGACUCGAAAGCAGCGGAUCUUGACAAAGAAGAGAGGCCUGAGGUGUUGUCUCUCCUUCCGCCAUAUGAAGGGAAAUCUGUGCUGGAAUUGGGUGCUGGUAUUGGCCGUUUCACCGGCGAAUUAGCCAAGAAAGCUGGACAGCUUAUAGCAUUGGACUUUAUUGAAGGUGCAAUUAAGAAGAAUGAAAGCAUAAACGGGCACCAUAAGAAUGUCAAGUUCAUGUGUGCUGAUGUGACUUCUCCAGAUUUGAACUUUUCACCUGAAUCAGUGGACUUGAUAUUUUCUAACUGGCUAUUGAUGUAUCUUUCUGAUGGAGAGGUUCAGUAUCUUGUUGAGAGAAUGGUUAAAUGGUUGAAAGUUGGUGGUUACAUAUUUUUCAGAGAGUCAUGCUUCCAUCAGUCAGGAGACCACAAGCGAAAGAAUAACCCUACCCACUAUCGGGAACCUAGGUUUUACACAAAGGUUUUCAAGGAAUGCCAUGUAAAUGCUGGUAAUGGAGAAUCAUUUGAACUUUCUCUCGUUGGUUGCAAGUGCAUCGGAGCUUAUGUGAGGAACAAAAAGAAUCAAAAUCAGAUUUGCUGGACAUGGCAAAAGGUUAGUUCUGAGGAUGACAGGGGAUUUCAGCGGUUCUUGGACACUGUUCAGUACAAGUGUAGUGGUAUUCUUCGCUAUGAACGUGUCUUUGGACAAGGUUUUGUGAGCACGGGAGGAAUUGAAACUACAAAAGAAUUUGUAGCCAUGUUGAAUCUUCAGCCUGGCCAAAAAGUCCUUGAUGUUGGCUGUGGCAUUGGAGGAGGUGACUUCUACAUGGCUGACAAGUAUGAUGUUCACGUUGUUGGCAUCGACCUGUCUAUCAACAUGAUCUCUUUUGCUCUUGAGCGUGCUAUUGGUCUCAAAUGUGCUGUUGAAUUUGAGGUUGCUGAUUGCACUAAGAAAACAUAUCCUGAUGGUGCAUUUGAUGUGAUAUACAGUCGGGAUACUAUCCUUCACAUCCAGGACAAACCUGCAUUGUUCAGAUCUUUCUACAAGUGGCUGAAACCAGGAGGCAAAGUCCUCAUAAGUGAUUACUGCAAAAAAGCAGGAACAGCAUCAGAAGAAUUUGCUGGUUAUAUUAAACAAAGGGGUUAUGAUUUACAUGAUGUUGAAGCAUAUGGGCAGAUGCUCAGAGAUGCGGGUUUUAAUGAAGUUGUGGCCGAGGAUCGUACUGAACAGUUCGUUGGAGUUCUCCAAAAGGAGUUAGAUACUGUGGAGAAGGAAAGAAAGUCAUUUAUCCACGAGUUCUCUGAACAAGACUAUAAUGAAAUAGUUGGAGGUUGGAAGGCCAAGCUAAUCAGGAGUUCUUCUGGUGAGCAGAGGUGGGGUUUGUUCAUUGCCAAUAAGAACUGAAUUAUCCAAAUGUGUGGUGGAUCCGGUCCCAUUUUAUGCACUUGAAGAUGAACAUGCCUUGCAGUAAUUUUAUGUUAUGUUUGGUCUCCCAAAUAAUAAUCGGGUUGUUUGCUUGUGUUCGGGAUAAAAUUAUUAUACUGCUUCCCUAAUGUUGGAGGAAUUUGUUCUUCAUUCAGCUGCCAUUCUACCCUAGACUUUGAUGCAUAUCUCAUUCAUAUUGAGUUCUAUAUUUCCUUGUGUUACUCACCCAGGCAUCUUUUGACGCAAAUGAGUGUAGUUGUGAUUUUGGAAUUGGGUAGCUUUUUAUCUG